UGUGCAGAGCUAGGUUUACUCGAAUAUUAGGGCUUUGUUUUAAAUGGGCUUGGACUUUUAUUAAAUUUUACUAUUGAAAGUCAUAAUGGGCUUGUUCCAUAAAAAUUAUACGUGUUGUAAAGAAAUUUUAAAGAGUAACCAAAAAUUGUGUGAAUCCUGCAAAUCAUUUUUCUUGUAAAGAAAUCAUCAAUCAUGCAAGUCCAUACUACGCAUGUAGUAUAAUUUAUAAAAUUCGAAUUUUAGUUGGGAACACGUAACUCUGUUGACUGUUGGUCGAUAACAUACAUUUGCUCAUGGUUGAGGUCAACCUCAAAUAUGAGUUACUCAUCAAUAAGCUUAUAUUGUUAAUUUAUAUGCAAAAUCAGCGGAGAGAAAGAAAAAAAAAAUAGAACAAACGCCUUUGUUGUUUGUAUUCGUAUCUUUGUAAAUUUUGUAAUUUUUUUAAAAAAAAAAAAAUAUAUAUAUAUAUAUAUAUAUAGCAUUUUCUGAAAAAUCAAUUUUUUUUAUUAAAACCCCACAAAUGUUGAUUUUGGUUUUCUUCAUAAAUGGUUAAUUUUUGAAAUAAUAGUUUUCUCUAAAUUUUAGAGAAUCUAUCUAUUAAAAAUAUUGAUUGACAAAUUAAAUGGUUUUGUACAAAAACACAAGAUUUCAAAUGUUGAUUGAAUGAAAAAUCGUUUUUUUUUUUUGGAAGAAAGAAAAAUAAUAACCAUUUCAAAACGAAACAAUCAUCACACUCACCAGAAUAGGUGAAUUCCUUGUGAAAAAAUAUAAACGAAUUUUAUAGAAAAAUUGAUGGCAACGGAUGACGAGAAAAGAGGGUGUCAUGAGAAUCGGAUUGUGUUGCACUCACUGGUCGGUUAAACUAGUCUUUUUAUGAACUUCUGGCACGUUGCUGCUUCGGAGUCAGGGCCGUCUUAAAUUAAUUUUAGAUCAUGUUAAAAAAAUUAUUAAUCGUACAUUUUAUUAAGUAAUUUUAAAAUUUAAUAACUUUGUCUAAUUUUUUUAAAUUCUAAAUUUAGUAUUAUAUCUAAAAUUUUAAAGUUUUUUACCAUAAGUUAUCUAUUUAUUUUUUUUUAAAAAUUAAAAUUUUUAUUUCUAUAUUUCGGGCUCUGUUCGACCGAUCCACUUGCACAUGCUGUUAGACGGCCCUGUUCGGAGUAGAGACCAUAUAACAUGUGAAUUUAGGUUUCAUCCACGCCAUCGGAACAAUCAAACUAGUGUUCUCUUGGUAGAUAUUGUUUGAACAAAGCUAUAUAAACAGUUCAAUGUUACUGCCACAAAUAUGUUUGUUAGUUGCACAAAACCAAUAAAACAUGGAUAUCAAUAAAAGAUUAAUGCAUAAGUGCUAAACACAAGAGUCUGUAUUUAUUUAAAAUCUUGUGGAAAUUUGAAUGUAGAACCAAACAUAUCAGGAGCAUGUGGCCGUGGUCCCUCUCUGCGAAACAGCAGGUUAUUGGAAGAGAAAAAGGAAAUAUGCAUUUAAAGACUUUCACGUAUAUUUGUAACGAUCACAAAGAAUCAUUUAUUUCCUCUAUUACUACAUUUAUUGCCAUGUUUUCUUUUCUCUUCUUUACUCUCCCAAAAGCCUAACCGAUCUUCUCUGAAAUCUCAUUAAAAAAAAAUCUUUCAUCUUCUACCUCUCUCUUUCUCUCGAACAAAGAAUGAAGCGAUGGACAAGUUUAGGACAUGUAGAUACGAUAAACGAAGAAGAAGACUACAUGGAUCACUCUUCUUCCUUCUCUUCCUCUUCUUCAUCUUUGUCUCCUUCUCCCCAACCACGUAUCAGUCUCUCUUCUCCUUCAAUGGAGCUUGAAUCUAGAGUCAAUAAAUGGUCGUUGGUUCAUAAUUCUAAACCUGAUGCGUUGGUACAUGUGGGCGGCACAAGGUUCCAUCUUCAUAAGGAUCCUCUGUCAAGAAGCAGCGGCUAUUUAAAACGCCACCUAACGGACGUUGACGAAUUAACUCUCUCACCGCCGUUAAACAUAACAGCCGAAACGUUCUCGUUGGUAACUGCUUUCAGUUAUGGCGCUCACAUUGAACUAACGCCGUUCAAUGUCGUUUCGCUGAGAGUCGCCGUCGAGCUUCUUCUGAUGAUUAGAGAUAACCUGAAGAACUUAACGGAGUCUUAUCUCCGACGAGUCGUCUUCGCCAACGCUAACUACAUCAGCAUCGUUCUCCGUUCAUGCCUCGCCUUGCUUCCGGAGUCGGAAACGGCGGCGUUUUUAGUCGGAAGAUGCAUCGAAGCUUUGACGGAGAUCGGAGAUGGAGACUGCGUCAACGAGUUUCUCGAGCAAGCCAUUAUACUUCCCGCCGGAAAUUUCGUGGUCGUCGCCGACGCCGUGCAGCAGCAUUUCCCGCGCCAUGAUUUGCUCUACAGAGUCGUUGAUGCUUACGUGAAGGAGCACAACGGAGAGAUAACGGAGGAGGAGAAAGUUGAGAUAUGUAAUUCGAUAGACUGCGACAAACUCUCGCCGCCGUUACUCCUUCACGCAGUUCAAAACCCGAAAAUGCCCCUGAGGUUUAUCGUACGCGCCAUGCUACAAGAGCAGAACAACACGCGCCGCUCGAUCAUAGCUGCCGCGGAUUCUGUCGCCACAACCGGCGCUCCUGCCGGACGUCGACACCGAGAGGACUCCUCGGCGACGCUCGAGUCGCUUCUACAGCGAGACACGGCGGCGAGGCAAAACUACCGGCUAAGAGCAGCGAUGGAUUCAACAAGCUCGAGGAUAGAGAGCUUGGAGAAAGAGCUCGAGGAGAUGAAGAAACUCAUAUCGAAAGAAUCACUACGGAUCAUGGAGUCUAAUUCAAGAAGCGUGAUGGACUCUGUCUCUGCUCGAUCCGCGAGCUUCCACCAAAGGAGUAACAACGUAAACAAGAUGCAGAGAGGAGAGAGAGGUUCGGUUUCAUCACUGAGCACGACUUUCCGGCGAGGGGGAACCUCUCCUCCGCCGCAGCACCGGCGAGAGAAAAGUCUGGGGAAAAGACUGAUUAAUGGAAUAAAGAAUGCUUUCUCUUCAUCAUCACCCAAACAAGGAGCCAAGAAAAAUGCGAAUACUGUUGAGGAGAUUUAUGAUGGGUUAGAAGAUAUCGUAUGGAUCAAAGAAGAUGACAACGUCUCCGAGGAGCUUCACUCUCACUACAUCAAGAGCAAAUGAUCUCUCUCUCUAUCUCUUACCAGAUUCCAUAAUCUUCUCUCAGUAUAAGUUUUGUAGCCAAAGAGUGAUUCUGCGUUUCUUCUUCUACUUCAUGUAAUGAGAUUUCCAUUUGUUUACCUCCAAGUGGAUGGAUGGAUCUUUACGAUUUUGCACCAUCUCCACGUAGAGUUUUUGUUUAGCUGCAAAUAUAUAUAUAUAUAUAUAUAUAUAUAUAUAUAUGUUAGCAGAGAGAGAUUGAUUGGUUAAGUUCAUGUGUUACUGUACUAACACAAGAAUGGAAGAAGAAGAGAGAAGUAUAUAAUUUUACCUGCAA